UUUGCACAGCCCGGUUUGGUGGUGAUGUCACACCGGAAGUACACAUCUGACGGCGCUGCACUGACCUGAAAACAACACGGGACCGACACAAACCAUCACCCCGACAAACCACCACGGACCACGGCUCAUGACAUCUGCGUAGGGGCACGGCCUUUUGUCUGAACAAUGGAGAAACCUCCCUUUAGGCAAAACCAGUACUGCGGAGACUGGGAGUUCAAAGAAAGGCUUGGCAUGGGAGGGUUUGCCCAUGUAUACCUCUACCAGCAUGUUGUGACUAAUGAAAAACUAGCUGUCAAAAUGUGUCGUCUAGAGUUAACACCACGGAACGGUGAGAGAUGGGGAAGAGAAAUACAGAUAAUGAAAAAGUUAAAUCAUAUAAACGUGGUGACAGCCCGGGAUGUUCCUGAAGAAAUUACACAUAUAGCCUUAAAUGAUCUUCCACUGCUGGCCAUGGAGUACUGUUCAAGAGGAGACCUAAGAAAGGUGCUGAGCAGGCCCGAAAACUGCUGUGGUUUAAAAGAAAGUGAAGUGCUUUCAUUACUCAGCGAUGUUGGGUCUGGUAUCCAGUAUCUCCAUGAAAACAAGAUUAUACACAGAGACCUUAAACCUGAAAACAUAGUUCUACAAGAUAUUAACGGGAAGCUGGUUCAUAAAAUCAUUGACCUGGGCUAUGCAAAAGAUUUGGACCAAGGCAGUCUUUGUACAUCUUUUGUCGGCACUCUACAGUAUUUGGCACCAGAACUUUUUGAGAAUAAACCAUACACUGUUACUGUGGACUACUGGAGUUUUGGUACAAUGGUUUUUGAAUGUAGCUGUGGGUUUCGUCCAUUUUUUCAUAAUCUUCAACCUGUGCAGUGGGUAAGCAAAGUACGAAAUAAAGGACCUAAAGAUAUCAUGGCAGUGGAGGAACCAACUGGAGAAGUCAAGUUUUCCAAACACCUGCCGAACCCCAAUAACCUUAGCAGACCAUUAUUGGAACCAAUGGAGGAGUUACUUCAACUCAUGUUAAAAUGGGAUCCUGUUCAUAGAGGAGGCAAAGUCAACAUGGAAAAUAAAAAGCCCCAGUGCUUCGAAGUCCUGGAGCAGAUACUUAGUAUGAGGGUGGUCCAUAUUCUCAACAUGGUGACGGCGUCAGUCCAUUCGUUUCAGUUGACUCCAGACGAAACGCUCUACAGUCUCCAGAAACGUAUUGAGGCUGAGACCAAGAUCGAAGUCGUGAACCAAGAGCUGCUUCAAGAGACCGGAGUGUCCCUGGACCCACGCAAACCAGCCGCCCAGUGUGUCCUGGAUGGAGUGGUGAGGGAAUAUGAUGGAAAGAAGGAAGGAGGACAAUUCAAUCAAGUAGUUUACUGCCUAAAGGAUUCAGGAGAUGAUACAAUUUCAAAUCGGGGCUGGGAUAGCUACAUCGUUUACUUGUUUGACAAAAGCAUGACCAAGUACACUGGCCCUCUCAGUGCCAGACAGCUGCCUGAAAAAGUCAACACUAUUGUUCAAGAACCCAAAACCCAAGUAUCGUUAGUGGUGCUAAAGAAGAUUUGGGGGCAGGCAGUUAGUUAUAUCUGUGGUUUAAAGGACGACUACAGCAGACUUUUCCAGGGACAGAGAGCUGCUAUGUUAAGUCUUCUGAGAUACAACACCAACCUGACCAGAUGUAAAAACAGCAUGUUUGGAUUUUCUCAGCAAUUGAAAGCCAAACUCGAUUUUUUUAAAAGCAGUAUUCAGUACGAUCUGGAGAAGUACAGUGACCAGAUGCAUUAUGGCAUAUCCUCUGAAAAGAUGCUGAAGGCCUGGCAGGAGAAUGAAGAAAGAGCAGCUGCUUUUGCACAGGUGGCAGAAGUGGGCCAUUUAGAUGAUGAGAUCAUGGCUCUUCACUCUGAAAUAGUGGAGCUACAGAGAAGCCCCUAUGCUCGUCGCCAAGGAGACAAGAUUGAGCAGCUGGAAGAAAAGGCAAUUGACCUUUACAAACAACUGAAGAUGAAAUGCAAAAUCCCUGAGUCAGAUGUGAGCUCAGACAGCUCUGAGAUGGUGAAGGCCAUUAUUCAGACAGUUCAAAACCAGGACAAGGUCCUCAAAGACUUGUACACACAUCUCAGUAAAAUCCUGAUCAGCAAACAGAAGAUCAUUGACUUGUUUCCACGGAUAGAAAAAACGCUAGAAAACAUCAAAGAAGCUGACAACACAGUGAUGCAGAUGCAGAUUAAGAGGCAGAGGGAGUUCUGGCAUUUGUUAAAAAUUGCAUGUGCUCAGAACUCGUCGAGAAACUCAAUCGCGGUGAGUCCAGAGUCAUCCAAUCUGCUGCAGGUAUCCCAGUGGUCACAGGCACAAUCUGCCCAACCAGUCAGCUCCCCUCACCCCCUCACCUCUCUGCCUGGACCCAAUGACAGUGACGCAGCCCCACGCCUGCUCCAGGAGAACCAGAAGUACCUCAGUCAGCUGACCAGCCUCAUGCAGGAAGCUGCUGAUGACCAGGCCAAGAGUAUAGUGGUGAGUCCUCUCUUUCACGCUGUCAUGGGUUCAAAAAUGUGAGACAAAGGACCAAGACUGGAGCUGGACAAAGUAUGAAACAUUAACUACAAAAUUAAAAAAGCGAAAUGCGUAAGACCCUCGGGUGCGUGGGUCCUGGCCUGCGCUCCCAGUAACACUAAGGACUAAAGCUGUCAACUCUGUGGAUGGAGUCUUUAUACAGUUGGACUUUGGAUUAUCUCAGCUCUUGAACCUAAAAAACAGAUCUGAUAUAGACCUUAUUAUGGCGUAUCGUUGGGACUGUUUUAAAGGAGAAAACACUGAAUCUUUGUAACAUAAGCGGUUUCCACUACGUGUGUACAUAUUGUAACGCACUGUUUUUUCUUUUCUGAACAGUUUUAAUCCUCGCUCAUGGUAUGGAUUAAGUCGAUUUACUAUUUACUGCUGUUGAACAUUGAGCCGCCUGUAGCACGUGUAGAAGUGGACACAACAGAAAUAAAAAGAACAGGGUCAGUGCGGGACAAUCAGUUAAGCCCAAAAUAAUUUAUACAUAAACUUACUCAAUUAUUCAGACAAUGACUGGACAACAUUGUGGUACUAAGAUAGUAUUUUAAAAGUAUUGCCUUAUUUUUCAUUUUCACUCAAUGCACUGCAGCUUUCCUUUGAACCACAUGGGGUCACACUUUUUAAUAAAACAGAAAAAGGACAUUUUUCGCAAUUGUUAAAUAACUUAAUAUCUAUAAUAAUAAUAUUUAUUUUCUCUUCUACUGUUGAUCUCUUCAUAUAUAUGUACGAAGAGAUAAUGUUUGGUAUGGGUUGGUACAAUACCUACUUUACCAUUAAAGAACAAUACUAUUUGUCCAUUUUUGGCCUGUUACUUAAUAUAGGCUUAGUUUUCUACAAGGUAUAAAAACAUGAAAAGAAAAAAAAACAAAACAGUUUUUUGGUACACAUUUUUAGUACCUAGUCACAGAUCCACAUUAACAUCAGUUCUUUGUCUUAGUUUUUUCCAGAAACUCACAAAAGGAACUGAAUGAUAUGGACAUGAGUUGGCAAGAUUUCUCUUUCUUCUUUACCAGUUAUUUCUGUACCAGUUAAUGUGUGUGCUGGGUUUGUAUGAAUCAUUUUGGGCAUAACUGUUCAGCGUAAACAGGGGAAGUUGGGUGGAGCUUUGGAGGAAAUGGCAAUCAAGCAAGCAGCACUUUGAUAACAUCUCUUAUAUCUUCUGUAAAGAGAUGCUCAAAUAAAACCCUAGCUGUCAAACAAGCCUGGAAUUACAAGACAAAAACUGUUAUUCGGUUCCCAUUGAUAUUUUUUUACACUUUGUGGGUGUUAGGAAUAUAUGUAAAUGUUGAUUUUUAAACCUAGUGUUACUCAUAGGCAGAAGUGUCUGUUUAUUUCUGUGACAAAGUGGCUGGCCAUUAUGUUAUAUACGGUCUAUUCUCCAUCUUUAUAAUGUCUCACAGGGUUUUAUUGUCUUAUGUGCACAUUUUGUUUGGAUAAUGGUUCAUUUGUGUGGCUCUGUAUCAUUGGUAUACGGGUCACGAGAAUGAAUUGUCACUUUCUAAGGCAAUGAAUAGGUGCAGUGAUGGCUGUAGACAGUGCAAGGAAAAUAAAACGAGAAAAUGCCUCAAGAAGGUUACUAUGAGCCACUGAAAUUGACCUUGUGGGUUGUAUUUAUGAAGUCUAAGUGCAAUGGAAAAAUAUCUAUAUUUUGUAUUUAAUUCUCUUUCCAUUUGACAGUUGGUUUACAUCUGUUUGGUUUUAUUUGUAGAAAAUGUUCAUUGUAUAAAGAUCCAAUGUUUGCUUGGUAUUAAAAUAAAAUCAGUUUGGCAUGAG